AGUCCUGCUAAUCUGGCCCUUGUUCCCAUCAGGGUACCAGCUCCCUUUUGCUGUGCAGGCAGCAAGGCCGGAGGCCAAGGAAAGGAGUCAACUUGCUGGAAUUGUGCAGUCUGUCUGCAGGUUGGUUGCUGCUCAGCAAGGCACACGGCUAGAAAAGGAAGAAGAAACUAACUGGAUCAGUACUGGUAGGGAUACUUGUAUUCCAAGAGGAAUCAGCAGGGGGGAAGAAGACAAGAAAAAGAAAGCAAGAAAGGGAGGCAGACAGACAAAAGAUGAAACCCUGUCAAAAAAUGGAAGGACAGUCAGAGAAUGAGAGUGAAUUAAAGCCUCAGGAAGACCCGCAGCCUGAGGAAAAGCCAGAGGAGAAGGAAGGGCCAGAGGGGGAGGAAAACACAGAAGAAACUUUCAGAGAAAGGCUGAUUCAGUCUCUCCAGGAAUUUAAAGAAGAUAUACACAACAGGCAUUUAAGCAAAGAAGAUAUGUUUAGAGAUGUGGAUGAAAUGGACGAGAUACGAAGAGUGAGAAAUAAACUUAUAGUGAUGCGUUGGAAGGUUAAUCGGAACCAUCCUUACCCCUAUUUAAUGUAGUUUGCUGUGAUCUUUAUGAAUAUUAGCAUUUGCAUAUAGCUUUUUGAUUUACAUUUUCCUGAUACACCUUUCCCCAUCCUCCUUUUAACUUGCUGGAGUUAUUGGUUUUAAAAAGCAUUUUAUUAUCUGCAUCUUAUUGUUCAUUGUAUUUUGACCCAAUCUACAAGUCUCUGUUGUUUAAUAGGGAAGCUUCACUCAUUUGUGCAAAGAGAGGGCCCUGAUAGGAUAUAAAAUGGAGGGGAAAGUCACUAUGUAAUAUGUGAAUAUCAUAUUUUUGAAGGUGAAGAGUGAAUUUGUAUAUCAUAUAUGCCUAUAGAAAACAUCUGAAGGAUGAAUACAACAAAGUAGCCUCUUGGUGGUGGGAUAAUGGGUAUUUUUCUUUCAUUUUUGCUUAUGUGUAUUUUUCCUUAUUCCUACAGCAACAUUAUUGUUGUGUUAAAAAAAAUAAUAAAAGUUUUUAACAACAACAAAAAACAAA